AUGAAAUCUUCUUCUUCUUCUUCCAAGCACCCAUCAGAGGAGGACCAAAAAUGCACCGCCAAAAAUUCACCUUCAAGUUUUCUGAUACUGCCUCUUUCUCCUCCUUUCACUUUCAUCCAUAGCGCUCCAUUUUUCAGACAACAAUCAAUUUCAAAACCCAACUUCCAGUUAUUCACAACAGCGACUUCACAUGUUGUUCGUGAAUUCCAUAGCUCCAUUGAUAAAUUUUUUAAAUCGCUACACGCUUUUGCGUCCCAGAAUGCUUUUGUUGAUAAAUUUCUUUCAUUUUCUUACCGUCUUCAAAGUUGCUGCCAGAUUCCAAGGAGAAACUACCAGAAUUUGAAUGUUUUGUCCUAUCAUAAUUUUGCUGCCAUUUUGCCGGGAGACUCUGUGGCAGGAAUAGUGGUUACGAAUGGGAUUUUGAAUUUCUUGAACAUUUAUAACACGUUGUUGGUUGCGAGGCUGGUUUUAACUUGGUUUCCAAAUGCUCCUCCAGCAGUCGUCAGCCCCCUCAGCACAUUAUGUGAUCCAUACUUGAACAUAUUCCGGGGCAUCAUUCCACCACUAGGAGGAACACUUGACCUUUCACCUAUAUUGGCGUUUCUUGUUUUAAAUGCCUUUACCAGCACAGCUUCUGCACUCCCAGCCGAACUUCCAUCUUCAGGACUUCAUCAGAACGUUUCACCUCAUGCAACAGCAUCUCACCUUACGACGUCACAGGAGAAAUGGAUGAGAAGGCUUGGUUGGAACAAGUCAAAAAGAUCCACUGCUGGUGAAAAUUAA